AUGAAUCAAAUUCCCGAUUUACAUUUUCUCUCUUCUACGAAAGGUAGCAAGAAAAAAGAGCGAUUCGAUUCGUACACAGAAGUGAAGUGCUUCGUUACCUUUUUUCAUCUAACAACAUUUAAUCGUCUUUGUUAUAUCACCUGCACACACGUAUAACUAGCCAUGGCGACUCAUGCAGGAAAUCCAAAUAUGGAAUUGCUAAUUCCAAUGAUCAAUCAACUCCAACAUAUAUUUACCGCAGUUAACGCAAGAUUGACAUUAACAUUGCCACAAAUAGCAGUCGUUGGUGCUCAAUCUGCUGGUAAAAGUUCUGUAUUAGAAAAUAUUGUUGGACGAGAUUUUCUUCCUCGCGGUGGAAAUAUGGUUACAAAACGACCGCUUGUAUUACAAUUGAUAACAUCGCAGGGACAAGAAUAUGCUGUGUUUGGACAUAAACCACAGCAAAGAUUUAUCAACUAUGCUGAUGUACGAGCUGAAAUUGAAAAUGAUACAAAAGCUGUUGUACGAGACGAUAUGGGAGUAUCGAACAUACCGAUUAACCUAACAAUUUACUCACCACAUGUUGUUAAUCUGACCCUGGUCGAUUUACCAGGCAUGGUGAAAGUUCCAUCGCAGGGUCAACCGCCUGAUAUUGUGAAAAAGAUCGAUGAUAUCAUCAUAGAAUACAUAAGCAAUGAAAAUUGUCUUAUUCUCGCUGUAACACCUGCAAAUAUUGAUAUUGUCACCUCAGAUGCUCUAGUUAUGGCACGUAGUCGAGAUCCAAUGGGUAAACGUACCAUUGGUGUUCUAACUAAACUCGAUAUGAUGGGUAAAGGACAUAAUGCGCGUGACGUCCUUUUGAAUAAAGUUGUCGUACUCGAACGGGGCUUUAUUGGUGUUGUUCUUCGUGGUCAACGCCUUGAUGAAUAUGGUCGAGCAUCGAAAGAAUUAGAUAUUCCCGGAGCACUAGAACAUGAACGACAGUUCUUUCAAAGUGAACCCGCAUACCGUGACAUUGCUGAUCGUAUGGGUGUACCGUUUUUACAACGUACGUUGAGCAUACAAUUAACUGAACAUAUUCUCAAAUGUCUCCCUGAUUUAAAACGAGAAUUGACCGCACGUCAUCGUGAUCUCGCAAAAGAAGUGGCAGAAUAUCGUGCAACAGCUAUGUUUGACACUUCGUCAACCUCGGACACAAAAGCUCUCGUUGGAUUAACACAUGAAUUGCGCGAAGACUUCGAUACAGCUUUACAAGGUACUCAUCUGAAAGAAUCAGAUCUAAAGACAUUGACUGGUGGUGCACGUAUUGCUAAUAUCUUUCGUGAACGUUUUCCAUUCGAAUUAGUUAAAACGGAAUUACAAGACAAAGAUAUGCGCAACCAAACCGUAGUUGCGAUUAAAAAUAUUCGUGGUUUUCGAUCGGGUUUGUUCACACCUGAUGAAGCUUUCGAAUAUAUUGUUCAAAUGCAAAUCGCAAAAUUCGAAGAACCCGUUAUGAAAUGCGUGGAUAUGGUCGUAUCAGAAUUGAUGGCUAUUAUUCACGAAGCAACUAGUAAAAUGAAACGCUAUCCAUUAUUACGACAAUCUACUGAAGAUUUAUUAAUUCAAUACCUUCGUGAACGUGAAAUUGCUACUAAACAAGCAUGUUCAACUUAUGUACAAACUCAGUUAUCAUAUAUCAAUACGAAUAAUGAAGAUUUCAUUGGAUUUGCCGGUGCGGAAAAAUCAGUCGCUGCUGGUGAAGCCAAGCGAACUGUUACAAAUCAGGUUAUACGUAAAGGUUUUCUUCGUGUUCAUACUGGUGUGAAAUUAUUUCAAGCAAAAGACUACUUUUUUGUUCUCUCAACCGAUAAUCUAUCUUGGUUUACAGACUCUGAUGAAAAAGAAAAGAAAUAUAUGUUACCGUUAGAAAAUUUGAAGAUUCGUGAUGUCGAAGGUGGAUUCAUGGCUAAACGACCACAAUUCGCAAUAUUCAAUACUGAUUCGAAAAAUGUAUAUAAAGAACAUAAAACUCUUGAAUUAUCCGUCGAUAAUACCGAAGAGCUCGACACAUGGAAAGCCUCAUUUUUACGUGCUGGUGUCUAUCCUGAACGUGAACAACCUCAUGAAGACUCUCAAUCUGCAGCUGAAGUCGGUCCUGUUGACCCACAUAUGGAACGGCAAGUAGAAACAAUCAAUAAAUUAGUAACAUCAUAUAUGCAAAUUAUUGCUAAAAUGACACGCGAUUACAUUCCGAAAACAAUUAUGUUUCAUAUUGUUCAAAACAUACAAAAAUUCGUUGCGAAAGAAUUAUUGGCUCAUCUCUACGCACUCCCCGAUCCAAAAUCAUUGUUGCAAGAAUCAGAAGAAGAACGACAACGACGAGAAGCGAAACUUGCAGAAUUUGAAGCCAUCAAGAGUGCGUUGACUAUUAUUGAAAACUUCCAUAUCAAUGCACGCAAAGUAGCUGGCUCAGUUAUGCCAGCUUCGGUAUUAGCGGCAGGUUUUUCAAGUGCCUCCUCAGCUCCUACGAAUAAUUAUGGAGCAUCAAACUUUUCAUCGAACUCUCUGGACACAUCCUAUUUUCAAUCGUCAUUUGCAACAAAUCGUCCGCCCAGUCCGAAUCCAUCACGCAAACAACCGGCACCACCUAAUCCAACGCCUACAGCAUUUUCAUCACGUGAACCACCACCGCCUCCACUUCGUCCGAGUCCGAUACCAAGUGGAUUUGGUAGUAAUUCUUCAACAUUACCAGCACCAAUCAUGCCUCAGCCCACGUCAUUACAUAAAUUACAAGCAACGCCAUCAUCGUCUAAUAACUUAUUCUCGGAAUUAAAUGAUAAAUUGGCAAGACAAGUAGCACGGGCUCAGUCAUCAUCGAUGAACUCAUCUUCAUCGCAAUCAUCAUCUAACAUGUUUCACGGAUUAGAUCCGUUUGCUACACCUACAUCACAGUACCAAAAUGGUACAUCCAACCCUCCCGUACCAGCUCGACCAACACCAUCCAUUCCACCACGACCAUUCGAGCGUCCACCAGUUCCACAACGAAAUUAG